AUGUCGAGCUCCUGGAUCGCAUGGCUCCCAUUCUACACUCCACGAGGUCCUCCACGCGAGCGCACUCUUCAAGAGGAACAUGAAAUCGUGAUGGCUUUCGAUCGGAGCACCGGCCACGCCGAUACCGAAAAGCUCAAAAAAGCGAAUAAAACGGAUUUGAUGGACAUGCUCAAUAAGCAGACGCCGUUCCUGGUGGAGCUGGUGCAGAAGAAGAACGAAAUGCGAUCGGCGGCCGACGGAAUCAUAAUGGGCAGAGAGGGCGAGUGGAUGCGCAGGCUGUGCGAGGAGAGAUUGGCUGGAAAUCGGGCCGAGUUCGAACGGAUCAGCCAGAGACUUGUCAUGAAGAUGGAGGAAUGCGUGACGAACAAACGGAUAAGCCCGGAGGAGAAGGCGUCGAUAAGCGAGGAUUCGGACGAGGCGGAACGUCUUGAGGAGGCGAUUCGGGAGGAUGAGAAGUGGAUUGAAGACGACUUGGCGAGGAUGGAGGAGCCGCUCAGCAAAUGGGCCGAGUUCGUCAAGAACAAACAAUAA